CACGAAUUUAAUUAAAAAUUUUCUUCAAGCAGGAGUGUACGGCGCUAGCACCAAUAUUUUAACUUCGACCUUCGAGUUAUAUUACACAACGCCAGCUUGUUGACGGCCUCGGGAAUUUUUCAGAAAUAGCUACUCAGUCAUGAAUCGUGCAGUUCUGGGGCUGAUUUUCGUAGUUUUUCUUUCAUCUUUUUACCUCGAAUGCAAAGCCUUGCAGUAUCAGGACUCACGUCACAGAUUUCUAGGCUCCUUCUUGGAAACAGACAGUACCCUUGAAUUUGUGCGCCAUGAUCACCAUCGGUCCAAGAGAAAUCUGGAAGGAAAGCUAACCAACCAAUCAAAGGACUGUGAAGAGCCAGGAAAUAAUGUAAACUGUUCAGAAAUUGAGGUGAACCAUAGAUACUAUGUUUCACAAAUUAUUAGUGGUGGAAAAGAGUACUGGGUUGACGUUAGAGGUAAUCCUAACCACACUGAUGAAAGUGACCUAUCAAACAGCUAUCUGUUAAGAAAGCCUUACCCACUAAAAUUCAAGUUCCCGUACUAUGGUCACCUGCUAGACUCUGUGGUGCUAACAACUGGAGGAUUCCUGUACAUGGAUGUCCAUGACACAAAGCUUAUGACUCAAGUACAGUACCUUGCUCCUCUGAUGGCAUACUUUAAUCCUCAUUUAAGCAAAGGAUCAAAAGUCCUUACUUUACACGAUGAAUCCAAACUGACAGUGGAGUGGUACCAAGUUUACUUACAUAGUGACACAUCUGCUGGACCAUUUACAUUCCAGUGCACUCUGCACAAGAAUGGCACAAUCUGGUUUGCUUACCAAAAGAUCCCAGUUAAUGUGGCAAAUAUUCCAGCUUUACCUUACCACCCUGUCAAAGUUGGCAUCGCAGACGCAUUUGUAAUCGAAGUCAAGAGAAGGCAGGUUCGCUACCGAUAUUUCUACAUCUACAGUACGAUUAACAUCACCAUGGAGAGUGUGAAGGACAACGUGGCAGUCAUCUUUAAACCCCAACUUAAUUGCGUGAGCGCCCAUUCAUGUUCUCUCUGCAUGAAUCGGACCGAGCAAUCUAACUUCACUUGUGAAUGGUGUCCUGAAUUGAACAGAUGCUCUGAUGGAGUUGAUCGUCAUCGCGCAGAUUGGGAAACUAGAAAAUGCAAGCAAAAUGCUAUCAAAGAGCUGACCAAAGAAUGUAAAGCCAGUACCAUACGUCAUGACGCAGAUUUGAAAGCUAGCAAAAGCAAGCAAAAUGGUACCAAAGAGGUAACUAAGAUACAUGCACGAAUAGGUCAUGUCACGGUGUGCUAAGGUGCGUUUCGUGACAGUAAGUCAAGUUAUGCCAUGUGGAUUGUGUUACAUCGUAAACUUAAGGGACUGAGAAGAAGACUAAGGGCUUAGAUUGAUGAUAGUCUACACUGAGUGAAAGAGAAAACGGUGAAGAGACCAAGAGAGGAAAGAGAGAGCUUUCAUUGCAUCCUGGGUUAAAGGUUGAAGGUGGCAAAUGUAAGGUGGUUCUGGACCCACCCCAUAAAUUUUGCGUAAAACAUACAAGGAUAUAAACCGUGACACGUUUAUCGCUGUCAAACUGGGUCACCGAAUUCAUUAUUUAGCUUGGGUUAUUGAGUUCGAUUUUCAAGGCUGUUACAAAAUUGUACACAGUGAUUCAUCAAACAACGGAAUACUAAAAAUAAGAAAAUCGCUUUGAGAGCCCUUUACCAGUUUGGUCGUCUCGGGAAUCGGAGCAUUUUUUAGGCGAGAGCGUGCAUUGUUCUGUGCACACGUCCAGGGGCAUCGACAAUGAGAAUUUGCAAGGCAGUCAAGAGCCGUUUUAUUUCGUGAUCAUUUUCUUUAUUCUC